CCCAGGAUCCGAUCCAGGACCAUGUAUUGCAUUCAGUUGUCUUUUUCGUUUCCUGUAAUCGGCAACAGUUUCUUAGUUUUUCUUUGUCUAACAUAAUACAAACAUUUCGGGAAGGGUACAGAUCCGUUAUUCUGUACCAUGUCCCUCAGCUUGGGUUUCUCGUGAUUAGGCUAAGGUUGUAGACCGGACGGUGACGCCGUGUUUUUCUCAGUGCAUCACACAGAAAGCGUGCGAUGAAUGUCAGCUUGUCCUGCUGCUGAUGUUAACGUGGCCGUUCAAGCGGUGUCUGCAGUUUCUCUACGAUAGUUACUAUUUCCCCUUUUUAAUUAUCAGGUAAUUUGUGCAUAUUUAUGUGGAAGGCUUCGAAUGCCCUUUCAGUUUCAUGGGACGGAAAAGAGCACUUUAUCUGGGCAAAUGGAUACCUGUGUCUUGCGGAAGAGACCCAGCAGCCAGCAGUACCUGUGUCAACAAAGUUACGCGAACAAAACCUUUCCGGAAGAGCUGAGGGACCUGGGUGCAACGCAUUCUGGGAAUUGUAGUCUCUGGGUGCUCCCGGCUGAACACCGCCCUGCGGUCUCUGCGAGAAAGACCCAGAAGCCGCCAGGGGAGGGCGAAGAGGAGGGCGGUGGGGACGCUCUGCGCGCGGUGCGCCAUGGGACGGGUAGUUCACGGCGCGCGCCCUGUCGCGCCCCCAGCUGGGGAACGGGACUACCCUACCCGAGAGGCCGCGCGUGCGGGGCGAGGGCAAGCCGGCCGGGGCCUCGAACAAAUCAAAUCGAAGCAAAGAAACUGCCGGCUUUCAAAAUCCUCCUCCUCCGCCAUCAUCCGCCGCGGUGCGGAGAGCAGGUGGUGCUGGAAGCGCGUGAGGCCCCGAGCGCGAGAGAGCUGACAGACAAGCCAGCUGGACAUCUGGACCGCUGGACCUGGAGGUGGCGACCCCGGCCUGACCCGGACCCUAAAUCCGUCCCCGCCCCACCGGGCGGAGGCGCGUGCUCGGUUACCCCCACGCGGCGGCGCCGCCUGUUUACGGUAGAGUCAGGGUCCCUUUCCUUUCACAGUCACCUGCCUGGAAGAGGGGUGGGGGCGAGGAGGGCGUGGCGCCCCAGUGCACCUUCUGCCUGCCCCCUCGGCCUUCUUCACUAAGUCUUCGAUGGCCGAGCGCCCCGGGGUGGCGGUGGGAGUGGGGUUGUUGGGCGGCGCUGGCUCCUUUCACAAAUGGGGAAACCGAGGCUUAAAGGGCGUCUGACUCGCCGGAGCAGCUCAGCCUGCAGCUGCUAGCAGUGGCGUCUCAUAUUAGCAUCGUUGUCAACCGGAGGCGGUGCGAGUCCGCCGGGGAUUCCAGAUGGGUCUCCCGCGCCGCCCGCCUGUCAUUUGCGGCCUGUAUUCGCGAGUCGCUCCCGCGGCGCCGCCUCCCAGCAGGCCCACGCCAACGGGGGGCCCGGGCUGGCGCCGCUGUCCCUGGAAUCGAUUCUGCAGAUCUCCAGGGGAGCCCACCAGCCUAGUCAGCAUGGCCUCGGAAGACAUUGCCAAGCUGGCAGAGACACUGGCCAAGACUCAGGUGGCUGGGGGACAGCUGAGUUUCAAGGGCAAGAGCCUCAAACUCAACACUGCAGAAGAUGCUAAAGAUGUGAUUAAAGAGAUUGAAGACUUUGACAGCUUGGAGGCUCUGCGUCUGGAAGGCAACACAGUGGGCGUGGAAGCAGCCAGGGUCAUCGCCAAGGCCUUAGAGAAGAAGUCGGAGUUGAAGCGCUGCCACUGGAGCGACAUGUUCACAGGGAGGCUGCGGACUGAGAUCCCACCAGCCCUGAUCUCACUAGGGGAAGGACUCAUCACAGCUGGGGCCCAGCUGGUGGAGCUGGACUUAAGUGACAACGCGUUUGGGCCCGACGGUGUGCAAGGCUUCGAGGCCCUGCUCAAGAGCUCAGCCUGCUUCACCCUGCACGAACUCAAGCUCAACAACUGUGGCAUGGGCAUCGGUGGCGGCAAGAUCCUGGCUGCAGCUCUGACCGAGUGUCACCGGAAAUCCAGUGCCCAAGGCAAGCCUCUGGCCCUGAAGGUCUUCGUGGCUGGCAGAAACCGUCUGGAGAACGAUGGCGCCACUGCCUUGGCAGAAGCUUUUAGGGUCAUCGGGACCCUGGAGGAAGUCCACAUGCCACAGAAUGGGAUCAACCACCCUGGUGUCACUGCUCUGGCCCAGGCUUUCGCCGUCAACCCCCUGCUGCGGGUCAUCAACCUGAACGACAACACCUUCACCGAGAAGGGCGCCGUGGCCAUGGCCGAGACCUUGAAGACCUUGCGGCAGGUGGAGGUGAUCAAUUUUGGGGACUGCCUGGUGCGCUCCAAGGGUGCCGUUGCCAUUGCAGAUGCCAUCCGUGGCGGCCUGCCCAAGCUAAAGGAGCUGAACUUGUCAUUCUGUGAAAUCAAGAGGGACGCUGCCCUGGCUGUUGCCGAGGCCAUGGCAGACAAAACUGAGCUGGAGAAGCUGGACCUGAAUGGCAACACCCUGGGAGAAGAAGGCUGUGAACAGCUUCAGGAGGUGCUGGAGGGCUUCAACAUGGCCAAGGUGCUGGCGUCCCUCAGUGACGACGAGGACGAGGAGGAGGAGGAAGGAGAAGAAGAAGAGGAAGCCGAAGAAGAGGAGGAGGAGGAAGAGGAGGAAGAGGAAGAAGAAGAAGAGGAGGAGGAAGAGGAGGAGCCUCAGCAGGGAGGGCAGGGAGAGAAGUCAGCCACACCCUCACAGAAGAUUCUGGACCCUAACACUGGGGAGCCAGCUCCCGUGCUGUCCUCCCCACCUCCUGCAGACGUCUCCACCUUCCUGGCUUUUCCCUCUCCAGAGAAGCUGCUGCGCCUGGGGCCCAAGAGCUCCAUGUUGAUAGCCCAGCAGACUGACACGUCUGACCCCGAGAAGGUGGUCUCUGCCUUCCUAAAGGUGUCAUCUGUGUUCAAGGACGAAGCUGCUGUGAGGACGGCAGUGCAGGAUGCAGUAGGUAAUGUGGGCUGGGUGAGGCCGGGGUGCCCGCUGGCCCUUGAUGCUCGUGAGGCCCCGGUGCCCUUUGUGGUCGCCGUCACUCGUCAGCCCCAGUGCUGUCAUGGGAACUGCUCUUUGAGACCCUGUGCUGCUCCUCCAUCAGGGUCCUGCCAUGGUCCUGCCGUGGAGCCAGAUGCCCUGAUGAAGAAGGCUUUCAGCUCCUCGUCCUUCAACUCCAGCGCCUUCCUCACCAGGCUCCUCGCACACAUGGGUCUACUCAAGAGUGAAGAUAAGGUCAAGGCCAUUGCCAACCUGUACGGCCCCCUGAUGGCACUGAACCACAUGGUGCAGCAGGACUAUUUCCCCAAGGCCCUUGCACCCCUGCUGCUGGCAUUCAUAACCAAGCCCAACAGCGCCUUGGAAUCCUGCUCCUUUGCCCGCCACAGUCUGCUGCAGACACUGUACAAGGUCUAGACUCAAAGCCUCUCCCAUCCCUUGGCCUGGACCAGUGAGCUGGGGAGGGACUCGGAGGAACUGAGGCACAACCCACGCCGUUGCCUUGGACAGGACUCUGGUCAGAGGCAGGGCGGGUCUGCGUCCCGUGUGUCCUGUCAGUCCCCUGAAUAUGUGUGUAGGUGUGGUACGCGUGCAGGUCUGUGCCUCCUGUCGGGAUUUGGGUUUGAACCUCUCUCUGCUGGCCUGGCUCUGCUCUGUUGUGGGGAGUUGGCCCCCAGGGGAAAGGACUGUGAGCUGCUCCGCCAUUAAACUCACCUUCACCUGACGGCGCUCUGCUGAUCUCCACCUGGGCCCUGAUGGCUGUCCCCACCCACCUGCCUUCCAGCCCGGCUCCCUGGCGGAGCCAGAGCCCAGGGAGUUGCCCACGUGCUGUCCUUCCCCUCUGUGUUGUGACUGGGCUGUUUCCUGCCCUGCCUGGGGCUGCUUCUCGUCACCAAGCCCUGGUCCUGCAGCAGCUGUCCUCCCUACCAUCCAUGCCACUGUGCUGAGCGCUCAGCCUGAAGAGCAGAGAAUACCAUGGGUGGGACUGUGGGGGUGGGAUCAUGGGGCUGCUGGCAGAGGGCAACCCUGGGCCCCAUGCCGUGUGGCCAGGCAGACACCAGAUUGUCCAGGAGCAGGAGCUGCUGGAACUGCGCUGGCCCCGGACCUAGCGGACCCUCUCCUGGCUGCUGAGAUGUUGUCUGUGACUGGCCUGGGGGCCAAGCUGGAGGGGGUGUGUUGACAACCCAAAGCUGUUGUCCAGUCUGUGGAGGGAGGGGCAGGGUCCCCAGUGUCCGAGCCGUAUCUGGACGCUGCUCUUGAAGGACCUCCUGGCGCAGGGGAGCAGUGGGGUCUGGACUGGGCAGAUGCUGUACAACCUCCCUGCGUGCCCGUGACUGCCCCAUGCUUUCCCCUUUGUGUUCUGUGUGUGUCUGGGCUGUGCCCGGGGGCUUCACAAAUAAAGUCAUGUGUACAGCUUCA